GCGGCUGAACAGAGGAUGCUGGCCCCCUCCCCCGGCGUCGGCCCGUGUCUGCCCCGGAGGACAGCUUCAGGACGCGGGCUCCCGCCAGCCGCAGACCGCGCGGGCAGUUUGGCGUGACCUCGGACCCUAAAGAGCGGGAACAGGUUUGUGGAUCCUCAGAGGAGCUGGUGACCUGUGACCUCUGCAGGAGCCCCUCCCUCCAGGAUCUGUCUCCUUUGGAAGGACAUCAGCUCAGAGGAGGGCGGACCUCACGGCGGCGGCGGGCGUGUCCUGCUUGCUGCAGGUAUGCAGCGUGACUCCUCCCAGCUGUCUUCAUGCGGCACGCUCAGCUGAUGAUGUCGACCUGAAGGUCAGCAGGACCCAUGCUGCAGCGCAGGACUUUGAGGAGCGUCUGAAGCUGAAGCCCCGCCUCCCUCCGGAGUCUUGUGGCGAUGGCGAGCGCGUUGGCUGGCGAGGGGGCAGGGGGCGCGCCCGGCGGGAGCCUGCAGCACAGGAAGCGCCUGUCGUCCGUGUGCGACACGUGUAAGGGGAAGAUGCAGCUGGUGGCCGACCUCCUCCUCCUGUCCAGCGAGACGCGCCCCGUCAUGGCGUCCGACGGCGUGCCGCUGGCCGACACCUUCGACCAGUGCCGCGACACGGUCAUCGCCAGGACCAAAGAGCUGUCCAUCCUCACCCACGACAUCCAGAGCCAGCUGAACAUGGGCCGCUUCACCGAGGUGGGGGACCGCCUCCUGGAGAUGGCUGACCUGGUGGUGUCUCUGACAGAGUGCUCCGCCCACGCCGCCUACCUGGCGGCGGUGGAGAGUGCUGGCUCCCAGCCCUGCCUGCCCGGCCUGGUGGAUCGCUACAAGGUGACGCGGUGCCAGCACGAGGUGGAGCGCAGCUGCGCCGUGCUACGUGUGACGGCGCUGCCGGAGCUGACGCCGCCGCUGCUGCUGGAGCUGUCGCAGAACAUCUCCACCAACCUGAAGACGCUGACCGACGCCUCCUCGCUGGCCAGCGAGCGCUCGCGGGACCGCUUCGCCAAGGAGCAGUUCAAGCUGAGCGUGAAGAGCAUGAGCACGAGCGGCACCGCCUUCCUGGCGUGCGUGCGUGAGGUGAAGAGCCAGCCCAGCGAGCUGAGCCGCAGCCGCUGCGUGCUCUUUAGCGCCGCGCUGCUACAAGCCGUCGCCGCCCUGGUGGGCUUCGCCACCGAGCCGCAGUUCCUGGGCAGAGCGGCAAGCCUGUCUGCGGAGGGGAAGGCGGUGCAGACGGCGGUGCUGGGCGGAGCCAUGAGCGUGGUGUCCGCCUGCGUGCUGCUGACUCAGGGGCUCCGGGACGUGGCGCAGCACCCUGACAGCAGCGCACGCAUGUCCGAGUACCGCGAGCGGCUGCGCAGCUCCGCCUGCGCCGUGUCCACCGGCUGCACGCUUCUCACGCAGGCGCUGCGGGAGCGGUCCUCCCCCAGGACGCUGCCUCCUGUUGGCGUGCACGUUGGGAAGUAGGGCGGAGCCUGCCAAUCUGAACCGCUGUCCGGAUUCAGUGUUGUGUGUAUUUAUUUAACCAUUGAACGUCUUCCUGACUCGUGCUUGGCCCCGCCUCCUCCACGGACGCCGGUGCUCCACCCCCGACAGAACGCUUAUGGCAGAGGAGCUAGACAACUUUCACUGAUGAGAGGUUUAAAGUUGGAGGGGGGUGCUCCUCCCACCCUGACAGCCGGCAUACUGUCAAACCUCUGGCUCAGAGGGGCGGGGCUUACUGCAAACCAGGACUCAUGUGAAUGUGGAUCGAGUUGACAUUAAAAUUUGCUUUAGUUUGUAUGGA